AUGGCGGAACCACCAUCGUCGCCCCCGAGCGAAAAUGCCAGCGCCGAGGAUGCGCUCGCCUGGUACAAAUCGCAGUACGAGCAACUAGAACACGAACUAUCCGAAUUCCAGUCCUCGAGUAAGGAGUUGGAAGCGGAGCUCGAGAAGGACUUGGAUGCGGCAGAUAAGCGGGAGCGGGACCUACGAGGCAAGGCUGAGGAGUUGAACUAUGAAGUCGAGGAGUGGAAGAGGAAAUGCCGAGAGUCCAAGGCCGAGGCAAACGCCGCGCAAAACAAGCUAGAAAAGGAGAUCACGACACUUCGCGAUUCAAACCGCACCUUGCAGCUGAGGCUGCGCGAUAUCGAGGUGGCCAACGAUGACUUUGAGCGCCAGGCGCGGAACACGACGUCGUCUCUCGAGGAUCUCGAGUCCAAAUACAAUGUCGCCAUCGAAAGAGCGGUGAUGAUGGAAGAGGAGAUCAAGCAGGGCGAACAGGAGCGCGAAACGCUGCGAGUAGAGGCGCAACGCUUACGGGAGGAGCUGUCGGAUCUCAAGAUCGAAGCCGAGAUCCUUCAAGACAAGAUCAAGAAACAGGAAUCGCGCCAUCUCUCGGCCAUCUCGACAGAUAUCUCGGUACUAGAGUCCUCCAUGUUCGAUCAGUCGCCGAACUCAACCGCAAGCUCGCCGCUUAUUACGACGCCGCCGGCGGAUUCAAAGUCUGUCUCCACAGCAGAGACGGUCUCCGAAGUCCAAGAUCCUCCCUCGCCUCCCAUGUCUGACGCCUCUGCGCCACUAUCCAAGCCAAAGGCCGCAAGGACCCCUGCGCUGAUGGCCAAGAAAUCCCGUCUGCCCUCCCUUGACAACAGCAUUACGCCGAAACCGAAGCACUUCAGCACGUCCACGUCCGCAUCCACUUCCCGCGCCCCCGCCCCUCGCAUCACAACAACCAGUGGCGCUUUCCGCACGCCCGGCCCUCGACCUUUGCCAGCAAGGGCCGCGCGCGCUACGAGCCACAAGAUCCCUGCCUCGAAUUCUCUCACCCACAUCCGCUCUCUCACCGCCCAGAUGCAGCGACUCGAAGCGCGUGUCCAGUCCGUCCGCUCCAAACUCCCCGCCCCAGUCGCGACGCCUCCACGAGCCUCACCGCGAAACUCUGCCCUCGGUACCAGCAGCAUUCCGUCGACGGUUACGAUCCGCAGUCGAAAGCGCACGCUCGGGGGCAGUACCGCCGCGUCAAGCGUGGCCGGCGGCGACGACACCACGCCCACAAACUUCCGACACGGCGAGACGGCAGCGGCGUCGGCGGCGCCCGACUUCCGCAGCAGCACGAGUUCGAUGGCGAGCUCGAAGGCAGGCGGCGGCAAGUCGCACGUGCCGCGGCUCAGCACGUCGGGGGUGUCGCGACUGUCGUUCGGCCCGCUGCCGAACCGCAACCCGGUCGACCCGGACGGCUCGCGGCCGAGCAGCCGGGCCAGCAUGUCGAGCAGCGCGCGCCCCGUCAGCCGGGCCGACUCGCAGCACGACUCGCGCUGCAUGCCGCCGCCGCGACCGGUGAGCCGGACCAGCCUCGGGCGGGCCAGGACGCCGCUCGGGGGGCGGCCUAGGAGCAGUCUCGGCGGCCACGGCGGCGGUGGCGGCGCGGGGAGCCUCCAUAGCGGCCACGGCCACAGCCAGAGCGUCAGCUACUCGACGGCGGAGCUGGACGAGCUGAUGCUCGGGGACGGGGACACGCGGACCCCGAGCCGGAGGGGAACGUACUCGCGCUUCGAGACCGAGGCUGCCGGCACCACCGGGAUACCCCUGCCUGGAUCGCGCAGGCAGAGCGGUGGGGGGUCGUCGGUCGCCAUUGGGAGGAGGUCGUCGAGCUCGGGCCUGAGGGAUCCGGGCGGGACGGGCCCGAGGGGGCAGAAGUUGGCGGAUGUCGGGGAGACGUAG